GCUACCGCCUAUGGCUAAUACUGGAGAUAACCGGUUGUCACGUUUAAAUUAAUAGCAGAAAUAGUGAUAAUUCAAAGAGACUGUAUGCGAUAAAGUAUAUUGAAGAAACAGAAUAUUUUAAAAAUCGAAUAUAGGAGAGCAAUAGUUGAAAAUGUUUAUUGUGUAAUAUUAUCUUUGGAAAGAAGCUAACUGAUCAUAGGAAAGAAGAUGUUUUUGAAAGAGUGUGUUUGAUAGCGUACUGUGUUAUUGUGAAGUUUAUAUUUUGAGAAAUAAACCUGUUUACGUGGAGCGAUUAAUUUUUGUUAUUAGUUUGUUCGAAAAAUGGAACUUCCGAAACCACCACAAGAAAUUGAGCAACGGAAUAUAAUUGAUAAACUAGCACAGUUUGUAGCACGAAAUGGACCGGAGUUCGAGCAAAUGACAAAGAACAAACAGAAAGGCAACCCUAAAUUUGCAUUUCUUUUUGGAGGAGAGCACUUUAAUUAUUACCAAUAUAAAGUCACAACAGAACAAGCUAUUUUGAAACAGAAAGCUGCUAGAGGUGACAGCAACAUUAUCCCAGGAGGUGGUAUGAAUGUUUCGCAGCAACAGCAGCAGCAACAACAACAACAACAACAACAACAACAGGCACCACCUCCUCAGGCACAGCAGCAACAACAGCCCCAGCAAGUUCUAAUGCCUGCUUCCACGGUUAUUGCUGGCGGAGGGAACCCCCUUUCGCUGGCAGCUGCCACUCAAUGGCUCGUUGUGGCACAGCAGCAGCAACAACAGCAGCAGCAACAGCAGCAGCAGCAGCCAUCACAGCAGACACAGCAGCAACAGCAACAACAAACACCAGCAACCAUAACACUUGAUGCAUUAUCUCUUCAGCAGAACCAGUUACAAGAACAGAUUGUCCAGAGUGAGCAAAAUUUAGCUGCACAGCAUACUGUUCUAAUGCAACAGCAGCAGGGGCAGAUUGAAGAAGCUUUACGAAAGGCACAACAUGAUUCACUGAACCAGGCAGCUGCAGAGGCCAAUAUCAACUUUUCUGAAUUGGAUGCAGUCCUUCAGCCUAUUAUCGACUCUUGCACCAAAGAUUCAAUUUCUUCGGGAAAAGGGUGGAUUCUUCAGCACUCAUCUCCCCAUUCGGACCAUGUACUCGCACAGUACUUGCUAAAGAAAGUUAUAAAUCCUGCAGCUCAGUUCACUCAGAAACUACACAUUAUUUACUUAGUUAAUGAUGUGCUUCAUCAUUGUGCACGAAAGAAUGCUGAAAACUUGAAAAAAGCAAUGGAAAGUGUUGUGGUACCCAUGUUUUGCAAUACAGCUAUUGGCAUCACAGAGGACCAGCAAAACAAAUUAAAUAAGUUGUUAAACCUGUGGGAGUCCAAGAAUAACUAUUUUGACUCUUCAGUUGUGGAGAAGUUACGAAACCCAUCACGUUCUUGGUCUGAAUAUCAAGCAGCACUCAUUACGCAGCAUGCUGCUGUCAUUACCCCAAUAAUGGCUGCAACAAAACAGACCUAUGAAGGUUACCAAGCACAGCACCAGGCAUUUGUUCAGCAUGCUUUACAACAGAUACAGGCACUAGAGCAACAGAAGCAAACCCUUGAACAGCAGCAGCAGGUUGCAGCUGCAGUUGCAAGUGCAGCAGUACAGUCAGUCACCAAUGAACAUCAACAGUUAGCUGCAGCCCAGAGUGUUCAGUCACACAUCCCAGUUCUAGCAGCAACACAGCAACCACCUCCACCACCUCCACCACACCAACAGAAUGAAGCUGGUCCUCCUCCUGAAAUUAAUUUCAGCCAGCCACCACCAGGCUACCCUCCUGUUAAUUUUCCACCAGGAGUGGAAUUACCAGAUCUCAGUAAACCGCCUCCAGGAUUUCCUUUACCUGCGGUGACCACGCCUGUUCCUGAAGUCUUGUUGGAUGAGUUAAUGCCGAGUGUUCCGUAUUUUGAAUUGCCUGCUGGACUCAUGGUACCUUUAAUCAAGCUGGAAGACGGUGACUAUAAGCCACUGGACCCAGAAAAAAUAAGACUUCCACCCCCUGCCCCUCCAAGUGAAAGGCUACUUGCUGCUGUAGAAGCAUUUUAUGCACCACCUUGCCAUGACAGACCACGUGACAGACGGAUUAUUGACAGCGAAGGCUGGGAGAAACUCGGACUUUAUGAAUAUUAUCGAGCCAAGAAUGCAGCCCGAAAGAAAAAGGAGGAAGAGAUUCAAGGUGGUCUGCGGGAACGUUCUAAAUCACCCUCUCCUGUGAUAAGCCGGAAGUCAAAGAGCAGAUCUCCACCAAAGAAGAGAUACCGCAGCAAAUCGCGAAGUCGCAGCCGCUCAAAAACUCGUUCACAUUCAAGAUCAAGGUCGAGAACACCACCAACUUCAAAUUCAUUUAGUGCAAUUGGCAACAUCAGUGAAAACAAUUCUUGGUCAAGUGUGAAUGCUGCAUCAACUCCCGUAACAAACAGCUCUGUCAACAAUUCAAACAGUACGCCUGUGAACAACAGUGAAAGGCGAUCACCUAGAAGACAGCCAAGGUCUUACAAGGCCAGAUCAAGAUCGAGAUCACAUUCACGAUCGAGAUCCAGGUCAAGAUCCCGGUCGGCCUCGCGAAGUCCUGACAGCCGAGACAAUCGCAAGGAAAGGAGCCCAGAUAGGAGUCCGACACCACCAUCAUUCCUCGGUUCAACAUAUUCGAAAACAGAAGCUCAGCGUCAGCUGGAUGAAAGUAACAAAGGACAUCAAAUGUUACGUAAAAUGGGUUGGAGUGGAGCGGGCUUGGGUGUCAAAGAACAAGGCAUUGAACAACCUAUAUCAGGUGGUGAGGUUCGAGAUCGAGUGGAUAUGUAUAAAGGAGUGGGCAUUAACCUCAAUGACCCGUAUGAAAAUUUCCGUAAAAGUAAGGGACAAGCGUUUAUCAACCGUAUGAAAGCAAGGGCCGAGGAAAGGUUAUAGUGCUGAUAUGCAGACUUGGAAGUGAUGAGACUAAUGCAUGUAAAAUAUAAAUAUAUGAGACAAAUGGGAUAAUCAUCGUAAGAGAGAGAGAGAUCACUUUCUGCAACUACUGUGCUACUGUGUAUCUAUAGUUUAAAAUGUGAACUAAAUCAAAUGUACAUUUGAUGUGACUGUUCUACAGCUGAAAAGUUUGCAUUUUUAAAUGUGUGUUCAAAGCCUUUGAACAUUCAUCAUCUCUUCUUAAAUAUAUGAUUUAAAACAAA